CCAAUGCGGCUCAAAAGUAUCUCCGUGCCCUAGAGCUGCCGCCGUGCCGACGCCUCACCCCCAACUCCCAAGCCUCUCACGCGCCUCGCCGCCAUCGCCGUCCUCCUUCUACCUCGUCGCGUCCCUGCUGGUUCAACCCCGUCCUCGAUUUCGGUCAUUGGUUUCUGAGAACAAAGGAGUGACUGUUGAUGGUCUGUAGUUAAAUAGCAGAACGAAAAGGACAACAGCAUCAAGAGCUUGUACUUCUCAUCAUGUCCCGGUCACCACACCUUCCUCCCCGCUGCCCACCUCUGGGUCCUCAAAUCACAAGGAGAGAUGAUAGCUUGUUCACACAGAGCUGCAGGUUUCCAUCAGCGGAUCCGUUCUUUGGUGAACCACCGUGUUGGCUGGAUGAUCUCCUCGCAGAUUCUGGGAAAAUGCCAAACCUUCCGCCUCUCAGGAGAGCUUGUAGUGAUUCCGAUGCUAUCUUGGAUGCGAUGACGACAUUCCAGAGCCCAGUUUUUCCAAUUGAGGAGGGGUAUCCGCAGCCAGCUGGUGAAACUGGGGACUCGUCGGAUGCUGCUGUAGGAAGUGAAAGUGGUUCUGGGGUCGAAGGUAGCUGUGUUUAUGGGCCAAAUUCACCAAGACAAAAGAGUAGGUUGACCAGUUCAGAGAGUUCCAUGGUAAAUGCUGUCCUGGAGAAUGUCCCUAGCAACCCCUUGCAGUACCUGACCAUUGACCCUUCAACUAUGCAUGGCAAUGUGGCCAACGGAACAGGAGAUGUGUAUGAUGAUGUGAACCAUCUUGAUCAAGACAAGUCAUUUAAAAGGCGCUCAGGCCAAAGAUCUAGGGUCCGGAAACUUCAAUACAUUGCUGAUCUUGAAAGAACUGUUGACUCACUUCAGAACAUGGGAGCUGAUUUGGCUGUAAGAGUAGCAUCUCAUUUCCAACUUCGCAAUGCCCUAUCAAUGGAAAACAAGCAACUGAGGGGACAGAUUGCUAGUCUUCAGCAAGCAAAACUAAUUAAGGAUGGUCAGACACUUUUCUUGAAGAAGGAGACUGAGAGGCUGAAGCAGAUCUCUGCACGUCACCGCAGGAGCAGGAGCGUGACUUCCUGCUUCGAGACGGACUCCUUUGGAGCAGACCCAUCAGCAAUCAAUUGGCAGAUGAUUGACAUGUCGCAGCUGAGCUUAAAUGGUAGCCCUGUUCCUGUGCCACCGAGAGGUGGCUAUGGCCUGUAACAGCAGCCUGCACUAAUCCGACUCAGAUGAAAUAUUGUCAGUAUCCUCAGAUGUGGUUAACGAUUCACUAACCUGACCAAUCAUAGGUUCAAGGGUCUUAUCCUUUUGUAGGAAAGAGUAGCCAGUCCAGUUAUGGUGGAAAAUAUAAAGAUGUCGUCAGCUAAGUUUACCUUUUUGUAGGAUUCAUGUAACGGCUUCCAGAUUUUAAACACAGAUGAGAUGAAGCAAGUUUACGCCAUGCUUGUCACUGCCAUUAGGAUCUUACAAUUUGAUGCUUUUCUGUCUGCA